AUGAUAUCUCGGUGGCUGUUGCUUGUGGUUGGUUUGCUGCUGGCAUGGUCCACGCAACCAGCCACGGCCAAGGGGGAUAAACCCAAGGUCUCCUCAGAGAAGCUGGACCACCCCCCUUACGAUUUGUUCUACUUCAAAGGCAGCGAGACCAUCCUCUACCGCGACCCCAAUACUCGCACCGGACACGUGUCUCAUGAUGGAGGCAAGAAAUGGGAUGCCAUUAAAGGCCCGGAUGGGAGCAUGGAGCACGCCGUUCUGGAGAUCUGGCCGCACCCUCAUGACCCCAAGCGCGCCUACGUGCUCGGCGAGAAAGGCCAGCACUGGAUAACAACCGAUGGAGCAGAGAGCUGGCGGUCGUUUGAGAUUCCUGCUCUCCCGAACAUGGAUCCGGGCAACGUGCCGCUCGCUUUUAAUGGCUGGGAUUCGAAAAAGGUUAUCUUCAUAGGUAAGGAUUGUUCUUCCAUCAUUGGAUGUGCACCAAAGGCUUGGUAUACCACCGAUGAUUUCAAAACCUGGAAUCCUUUGCAGGAAUGGUUCUACUCGUGCAUGUGGGCCGCGGGCACCCCAGAAUUCGCGCGGGACAUUGAUGUGUCGGAGUCCAUUGGCGAUCGUGUUCUUUGUGUGGUUCCUGGUCAGAUUGGCUCAGGACAUUCCGAACGCUUGAUUUACUCUGACAAUUUCUUCCGCGACGGAGUGGACGGCACUGAUGUUAAUCUGGAUCGAGGAAGACCUGUAGCUGGUCGACAGAUCAUUGCUCGUUCUGUGAAAAAGUACCUGGUAGUCGGGCUUCAGUCGCAGAAAACAACCGAGCAAGCUCUCUACAUCAGUGACGAUUCAAAGGAAUGGCAUCGUGCUGAGUUUCGUGGACACCGAAUCGAAGAAGACGCAUACACAGUGCUGGAGAGUACCAACUACAGCAUCCAAGUGGAUGUGCAAACAUCAUGGCACAAGAACAGCAUGGGUGUGCUCUUUUCGUCCAACUCGAACGGAACUUACUUCACCCCCAACAUCGAGCACACCAAUCGUCGCAACGGAUUUGUAGACUUUGAGAAAGUUGCCGAUAUCCAGGGUAUCGUCAUUGUCAAUACCGUCAAGAAUUGGGAAGAGGUCGAGGGCUCAGAAGAUGCGGAGAAGAAACUGGUCAGCGCAAUCAGUUUUGACGACGGAAGAACGUUCCAGCCGCUCAAGGCGGAUGACAAAAAGCUUCAUAUCCAUUCUAUGACCACAUACAAUGCCCUCCGUGAAUACCCUACCGGCCGAAUGUUCUCCAGCCCCGCUCCCGGCAUCGUCAUGGGCGUGGGUAACACCGGUGACAAUCUGAAGGAUUACUAUGACGGCGACCUUUAUGUCUCCGAUGAUGCUGGCCUCACCUGGCGCCGUGCACUUGAAGGACCGCAUCACUUCGCAUUUGGUGACCAGGGCGGAAUCAUUGUCGCUAUAAAGGAUGACAAGGAGGACACGAACAAGGUUCAUUACUCUCUCAACCACGGCCAGGAAUGGGAGGACCCCAUUAAGCUGGAGCACAAGAUUAGACCCGUUUAUAUAACCACGACCCCAGAGGCUACGAGCUUGAAAUUCCUGCUAGUUGGAAUUUCGGAGAAAAAAGAAAUUAUGAUGUAUUCCAUCGAUUUCGAGGGUCUCCAUGAGCGCAAAUGCUCGAAGGACGACCUUGAGCCGUGGUGGGCCCGUUUGGAUGAAGAUGGCAAACCUGAUUGUCUUAUGGGCCAUAAGCAAAAAUAUACACGCCGAAAAGCAAAUGCUGAGUGCUUUAUUAAAGAGGACAAACUGGAGCCACCCACGUUUGAUCGCUGCGAAUGUUCGGCAGAGGACUUUGAGUGUGACUACAACUUUAAGCGCUCCGAAGAUGGCAAGGAUUGUGUACCGGCUGUGCCCCUAACUCCUCCUGCUGGCAAAUGCAAGAACUCCGAUGAUAAGUAUGUGGGUCCCUCGGGCUGGCGAUUGAUCCCUGGCAAUGCUUGCAUUCGCAAGGAUGGCAAGAACCUUGACGAUGAGAUUGAACGCACCUGUGGGAAUUCCACAGGAUCUCCCGUUUCUGACGGCAAGGUUCGUGUUGGAAAAACUCAAUCUUUUGCGGGCAAGAGGCCAGACUAUUACUAUCUGGAUCGCCAGACAAGCAACUCCGGAGAUGAUGAAACUGUCUUCCUGAUCACCGAAAAGGGUGAGGUGUUCAUUUCUCGAGACCAUGGUAAUGUUUGGGAACAACCAAAGGCCCUCAAGGACGAGAAAUUCGUGGCAAUCAUCCCGCAUACCUACUACAGCGAUGCGGCCUACUUCUUGACAGCCAAGGAUACCGCCUACUCGACAAUCAACCGGGGAGAGACAUUCAAUAAGUUGAAGGUGCCCACGUCUAUUCUGGACAGAGGGAAGUACGAUCCACCCCCUAUGGCUUUCCAUGAAAAGGAAAUGGAUUGGAUCAUCUGGAUUGGCAAGGAUAAAUGCAAGUCGGACGACUGUCUUCCCAGUGCCUACUUGUCUCGGAAUCGCGGUGCUAGCUGGGAGGGUCCCGACCUUCGUGGAGUUGGACAGUGUUCUUUUGCAUAUCAUAGCCCUGAUCGAGAUGACAAGAAUCUCGUCAUCUGUGAACAGUAUGAAAAGGAGAGCAAAAACAACAACCUUCAGCUGGUCUCUACCGAAUUAGAGAACGGCUGGUUUGCUGAUCGCAAGGUGAUCAAUCCCAGCAUCGCCCACUUUGUCACUAUGAACAAGUACGUGAUCGUGGCGACCAAGUUUGUGAGCGAGAAGCGGCAAGACUUCCUGAAUCUCAGCACCAGCUUGGAUGGCCGCGUCUGGGCAGAGGCUCACCUGCCUGUCAACGUCGAUGUUCCCAGCUACACGGCACUCCCAGGGUCCGAUCAUGCUCUAUUCAUGUUUGUUCAAACCGGCUCGGAGAAAGGCCGCCGGUUCGGUUCAUUGGUUAAGAGCAAUAGUAACGGUACGUAUUUCGUCUCCAGUCUCGGAGCAUUGAAUGAGGACGACUCGGGCUAUACCGACUACGAGAAGAUGGCUCAUCUUGAGGGUGUCAUCAUUGCCAAUAUCGUUGCAAAUGUGGAUGAUGUGAAGGACAAGGGCACAGCCAAGAAGCUCCGCACUGCUAUCACUCACAAUGAUGGUGGUCAAUGGGCAUACCUUCCGCCCCCCUCUCGUGAUGUCGAUGACAAGAAAUUCGAUUGCUCCGUCACCGAGGGCAAAGGAACCGAGGCAUGUGCGCUGCAUCUCCACGCAUAUACUGAGCGUGUCGACUGGCGGGAUACCUUUUACUCCGGUUCUGCUGUCGGAAUGAUCAUCGGCGUUGGCAACGUGGGCGAAUAUCUCGGGAGCGGCGAAGAUGCCGAUACUUUCUUCAGUAAUGACGGCGGUAUCACUUGGACCAAUGUCAAGAAGGGACGGUAUAUGUACGAAUUUGGCGACGCCGGAUCCGUGAUCGUACUUGUCCGCGAGUUUGAAAAAACCAACGAGAUCUUCUACAGCCUCGACGAGGGCAGGAAAUGGGAACCUUUCAAGUUUACGGAGGAUCCGGUCUUUGUUCUCGAUAUCUCAACUGUCCCCUCGGAUACCUCCAAGCGUUUCCUCCUAUGGGCCAAAUCAAAGGCCUCUGAUGACGAAUACUUCACCAUUCCUCUUGACUUCAGUGGUCUCUGGGACCGCGUAUGCACCCCACCUGAUGGGGAAGAGCCGAGCGACGACUACUAUCUGUGGACUCCCAAGCACCCGCUGCAGGAGGACAACUGCUUGUUUGGACAUGUUGAGCAGUAUCAUCGCAAGAAGCCCGGUAUGGAAUGCUGGGUCGAUUGGCGCGAGCCACAUGUUCACCGAGUAGAAGGCUCGAACUGCACCUGCUCUCGUGCAGACUAUGAAUGUGACUUCAACUAUGAAAUCCAGAGUGAUGGUAGCUGCCAACUUGUGCCGGGGCUCCAGAAGCCGGAUCACAGUCUCCAGUGCCAGGACGAUCCCGAGCAGGUUGAGUACUGGGAACCGACUGGAUACCGACGUCUCCCUCAGACGACCUGCCAGGGAGGUCUUGCUCUUGAUAAACUGAAACCUUUGCCCUGUCCCAACAAGGAGAAGGAAUUCGAGAAAAAGCACGGCAUCAGUGGCGUUGGGCUCUUCUUUGCGAUCGUGACCCCAAUUGCCGCGGCGGUAGGCAUUGGGUACUUCGUUUACACACGAUGGGACGGCAAGUUCGGGCAGAUCCGUCUCGGUGAGAGCUCUGGCUCAUCAGAGAGUUGGUUCGCCCGCGAUUCGAUAUUAGUCGCGAUCCCUGUGGCCAUCAUCGCAGGCAUUGUAGCCGUCGCUCAGUCCCUGCCGCUUCUGGCUUCGAGUUUAUGGCGCAGUGUCUCUGGUCUUGUACGCGGUCGCAGUCGUGGCUACCAGCGGCCGUAUGCCACCCGGGGCUCGUUUGCCGCGCGCCGCGGUGACUACACUCAUGUUGUGGAUGAUGAGGAUGAGCUGCUGGGGGCGGAUGAUCUCGAUGACGAUGAGGAGUAA